UUAAACGAGCUCUUAUUAGAAAGGCAACCAUUGGAAGAAAAUCAGAGAGAGAUGGAUCCUCCCCAUUCGCAAACACAGUUACGGAAUAGCUGGCGUGGUGCCAAAUUUAGUUGGCGUGCUGUUCUCAUCUUCAAUCUUGGCCUCGGAGCUUACCUCUUUACAAGGCCUGCUAAGAAGGAAAAAAAACCUAUCACUAGACAGCCCAUUACUCCAGCUGAGACUACAAAUCCCACUCCACCUGCUCUUCAAAAUUUUGAACCCAUCUUUGCUCCUAUUCCAGAACCUGUGAAGGUGCCAGAGUCCCUCUCUAAGAAGCAGCAACACAGUGUUUUUGGAUGGAUGCUAAAAGACAAAGAGGAAGGUCAAACCUCAAAACCGAGAAGAGAAGAAGAUAAUUAAUGAAAAAAACGCUCUAUUGAAACAAGUUCAUACGAGCAGAUUCCAUCCUGAAGAUCUGAUGUAACGUAGAUGUUUCUUGAUUUAAAAUUUUCUUAGGCUGCCUAGUUACUGAACCAUCAUUUACGACUUGACAUUGUUUGUCACCUUCACUCUAAUUGAUACUGUUGCUUUAUAAUUAGGCAAUACAGAUAAUAGAUGAUUUGUUAUAGUAGAAAUUUUUAUUGCUAGUGGAGGAAACUAAUCGAGCUCGACUGUUUCGUUUAUUUAAAUUAACUUUUUCUACUGCACUUCAUAAGAUGGUCAUUUGUGUUGGCUAUUUCAUAAGUUGUCAAAAUUCUUUAGUUGUUUAUUCGUGAUAGUUAAUAUGAGUA